AAAAGCUGCCAAGAGAGGCAGCCUGCAGACAUCACCAGCUCUCCUCCCAACACCACCCAGCCCCACGCCACCAUGUGCCACACCAGCUGCUCCUCAGGCUUCCAGGCUGCCUGCGUGCCCAGCUCCUGCCAGCCAUCCUGCAGCACGCCCAGUCCCUGCCACACGUCCUGUUUCACGUCCAGCCUCUGCCAACCAACCUGCAGCACGUCCAGCCCCUGCCAGGCAACCUGCGUGCCCCUGAGUUACAGGCCAGCCAUAUGUCUGCCAGUGACCUACAAGCCCACCCUGUGUGUGACUCCUUCCUGCCAGUCCUCUGCGUGCCUGCCCGUGAGCUACAGGCUGGCCGUGCUGGUGGCCCCCUCCUGCCAGUCCUCCAGGUGCUACCAGCCCUCUCGCCCCACCCUGGUCUAUAGACCCAUCUCCUGUAGCACCCCUUCCUGCUUGUGAUCACGCGCCUCCUCCCAGCUGCUCCCAGUGCAGACCAGAUCACUCCUAUACCCCUCCCAGCACAAGUCCCCAGUGGGCCUCCAGGUUCUGCACGUGGCAGAUGGAAAAAGCCACACUAAACCGACCUCUGAACCCGGGCAAGAACAUGGCUGGAUGAUCUGGACCCUUCUGUGAACUGCUGCAUUCCCCCCAGGAAGCCCUGGUUCCGGGGUCCUUCUCUGUCUCCAGCAGGAAACCACACCCUAUGUGAGCCAAAUACAAAUAAACCAUUGUACUCAACGCA